AUGACCUCUGCCUUUCUGGACCUCCUCGGACCGACGCUGCUCCAGAGCGGACCGCCGCGCACCGAUGUGGCCAUCGACCAAGACGCGUACAAGGCGGCGUUCGAGUGGCCCCACGGCUGCGACGGCUGCGAGGACCAAAUCGUCGGCAAGCGCUUUGGCUGCGACCAGGACGCCAACUUUGAUCUGUGCAGCAAGUGCAUCCACGAGGCGGCGACGCUCAAGCCCGAGUGCACGUUCACCGAGGCGCCGAUCCCGGACAAGGUCGCGCCGCACUCGUCGACUGCUGUCGCCACGGCCGAGAUCCUCGCUGGCAAGAAGGUGCUGCUGUACUUUAGCGCGCACUGGUGCGGUCCGUGCCGCGGCUUCACGCCGACGCUCGCCACGUACUACACCAAGCUGCAAAAGCAGCUCAACUUUGAAAUCGUCUUUGUCAGCUCCGACUCGGACGACGAGGCGUUCGCAGAGUACUUUGGCUCGAUGCCGUGGCUCGCGCUGCCGUACGCCGAGCGCGACCGUAAGGAGGCGCUGAGCACCAAGUUCAACGUGCAGGGCAUCCCGACGCUGGUCGUGCUCGACGAAGAGGGUGCUGUUAUCACGACCAACGCGCGCGGCAAGAUCUCGUCCGACCCGGACGGCCUCGCCUUCCCGUAUGUGCCCAAGACGUUCCGCCAAAUGCUCGGCGACCGCUUCGUCAACCGUGACGGCGCCGUCUUUGGUGCUGGCGACCUCAAGGGAAAGGUGCUGCUCUUGUACUUUGCGACGGCGGCGGUCGAGGACUGCGACGCGUUCACGCUGCGCCUCGUGGACGCCUACGAGAGCGCCAAGGCGCAUGGCCACGAGCUCGAGGUGCUCUAUCUCUCGUGCGACGAGAGCCAGAACGUGUUUGACGACAAGCUCUCGGCCAUGCCGUGGCUCGCCGUGCCCUUUGACGCAGCCAAGACGGCGUUCACAGACUUUGCCGAACUCUACGAGCUCGAGACGAUUCCGCAGGUCGUCGUGCUGGGCGUCAACCAAGGACCGACGCGGGCCGUCAUCAACAAGAACGCGCGCGUUCCGUGGCCGCCCAUGAGCGUCGUGGACCUCCAUGUGAGCACGUCUUCGAACGGAUUCUCGAUCAACGACAAGCCGUCGCUCGUCUCGUACUGCCACACGCUCGAGGGCGACGACCUCGUGCAGCACGAAGCCGACAUGAAGACGCUCGCGGCCGAGUGCGGUCGUGGCACCGUCUGCACCGGCGACGUCUGCACGGUGCAGGACGAACCGAGUGUCGUCUUCUUCACGGUCAAGACCGCCGGUGGCCUCGGCGACCGCGUCCGGGACAUUGCCGGUGUCAAGGACGACGACGUCACGGGUCCGUACGCGAUCCUCCUCGACGUUCGCGGCGGCAGUGCGUAUGUGCACGACGGUUUGAACGUCGACGCGCUCCGAAAGACGCUCCAGCAGUUCCAGGACAAGGCCCUCGACAUGAAAGCGCUCUCGUUCUGAGCCAACGGUGCCGGCUGUAUAGUGCAAUGCUUGCGAUUUGAUAUGUAGUAAUGGACAAGUUGU